AUGCAGAACCUAACAACCCACCUCCCAACAACAACCCCCACCUCUCUGCACCGCGCAACAACACACCCCUUCCUCCGCCGCGCAGGGUCCGGCCAGAUCCCAAAACCUUUACUCAGCCAGUGGCUCUCGCAGGAUCGACUAUACGCGCAGUCCUACGUACGGUUUAUCGGGCUUUUACUCGCAAAGGUGCACCUCCCUCGUACGCCAUCACCUGCAAACGACGAAAAUGGCAAAGCCAUCCAAGAAAAAAUCCUCGACAUCCUCAUCUCGGCACUAACCAACAUCCGCACCGAGCUCGGCUUCUUCGAAGACGUUGCAAGGGAGUAUGAGCUCGAUUUGAAUACGCCCUUGGCCGGGCUAGAAGGGUACGAGGGGAGAUUCUCCGCUGGGCCGAUUACGCAGGGGUAUAUUGAUAUGUUUGUUUCUGCGGGGAGUGCGGGGACGAGUUUGCUGGAGGGGUUGGUUGUGUUGUGGGCGACGGAGGUGUGUUAUUUGCGUGCUUGGAGGGGGGCUGCGGUUUAUUUGGAUCGGGGGUCUGGGGGUGAUGGUGAUGGUGAUGGUGGUGAUUUGGAUGGCGGGGCGUUGAGGAAGAGGUUUAUACCUAACUGGGCAAGUGAGGAGUUUGGGGUGUUUGUGCAGGAGAUUGGGGAUGUGGUUGAUGAGUUGGGGAUGGUGGAGUUGCAGGGUGGGAAGGAUGGGGAGGAUGCGCUGGCAAAGUGUGAGAGGUGGUGGAGGCAGGUUGUUUGGUUGGAGGAGAGGUUUUGGCCUGACGUUGAAUAG